UGCAAUUUGAAUUUUCUUUAUUUUGAUUCCAGCGCGAGCGCUAGGUAUCGCAUUUGUUUGUUUUCAUUUCAUUCUUCGUUUGGAGUUGUUGUCGUGAGCACCUCUGUGAUUUCGUGUAACAUUAAAGCAAAUUUUUAUUAAGAUGCAGAGUGCAUCUGAUUUGAUUUCAACGUGGUUCAGUGAAGAUACUAUAAUGGAAGAUUACAAAGAUACUCAAAUCAUUGAGCAAUUUGUGCAAAAUGUUGAAGAUUUUAGUUCUCAGUAUGGCAGUGAAAUAAGUGUGUCGUAUACAGCAUUCAAUCUUCGUGGUCCGCCGUCUAAUUUCCCUGAUUACGGAGACUAUCCUCAAGCCUUCGUUAUGAGAACAUAUGGACCUUGGUGGGAUGAAGCACCUUCUUAUCAAGAAGAUUAUACACCACAAAAUAGUGGCAGAAUACAGAGUCAUGAUUUUGUAGAAGUGUCAUUCGAGAGAGCAGUAUACCCUUUAGAAGUUGCAGUGUUUGAAACAUUCAAUCCAGGAGCUCUGGUGAGAAUAUGGGCUCUAGGUCCUACAUCAUGGGUAUUGCUGUGGGAAGGUGAACCAGAAAACGUAGGAGAUACACCAAGAAUUUUCAGUCCUCCUAUCAGAGAGGUCAACUUUCCCACACGGAUUUUGAGACUAGAGUUCAAUCACAAACUACUUCCAUACUACACUGAAUUGGACGCAGUCUUGUUGAAAGGGAAAGAGUCAACUAAUUUAUUCAAAAGAAAAAGUAAUAGUGGAUAUUCAUCCCCAUUUUUUAAGAGAAGUCAACCGAUGAUUGAAAAAGGUGUACUACUAAAGCAAGUUAUAGCUUCGAAUCUCCAUGAAAAAGUUAUGGAACCGUCAAACUUAAUGCCAAAAGAUGUAAAUGUUGACACAGGUCCACCAUUGGGAGAUUUCCAUCGCUUACCAGAUGAAACGAUCCUGUUAGUGUUCAAAUAUUUGGACAUGCAAUCUCUAUGUCGCUGUGCACAAGUGAACAAACAUUUUCGUCGACUUGCAUCUGAUGCUAUACUCUACCGAUGUAUAGAUUUAAGGCCAUAUUGGCAUUGUGUACGAUCUCAGGUACUCGUCACACUAUCGAUGAAGUGCAAAUUCCUGCAGAAACUGGAUUUAUCCUGGUGCGGCAGUCACUGUAUGAUACAACCUAAUUUCGUCGUGAAUUUCUUAAGACAGAGCGGGGCGAACUUAACACAUUUGCGAAUGAACUGUUGUAAGUUCGUUGACAACUCAGUGUUAAAAGCCAUAGUUGACACUUCGUCUAAUUUACAAGAGCUAUGCCUACGCUCUGUGGUAAGCUGUUCAGAAUGGUCGUAUUUGUCGUCCUUGACAAAAUUGAAAAGAUUAGACUUGUACAGAACACAUAUAACAACAUCAGCGGCUGUUGCUGUUGUUUGGUCUAAUCCUGGACUACAGCAUCUUAAUGUUGGUUCCUGUAAAAUGAUAUCAGCUAUGGACGAAGUUGCCAUCGCUCUAGGAUCGAACUGUCUUGAUUUAAUGUCAGUUGAUUUUUGGAAAUCAUAUUCCCUGACAGCAGUCGGUAUCAGAGCGCUAGGAAAUUGUAAAAAAUUGCAAGAAUUGGACCUCGGAUGGUGCCUGCAGGCGGGCGGGUCGGGCGAGUGGCUGGCGGCGCUGGCGGGCGGCGAGCUGCGCAAGCUGUUCCUGGGCGCGCUGCGCGGCGUGUGCGACCGCGACCUGCGCCUGCUGCUGCCGCGCGCCACCAAGCUGGCGCAGCUCGACCUGCUGGGCGUGCGCGCCGUGUCGCCCGACGUCUGCGCCGACAUACUGGCUGAAUGUCGGGAGCUUAGGUUGCUGGACGUCAGUUUCUGUGAUCAGAUUCAAGAAUUUCAGGUACACGAAUGGCGAAAACAGUAUCCGAAUGUUAGUAUUAAACGUUCUUUCCAAUCAGCUAAUCUCAACACUGCACCAAAUUCAUUGUUUCUAGUUCCAAGUUUGGAAUAGACAUGAUAUACGAUUAAAUUAUAAUUAUUUACUAAGUAUACAAUUUAUACUACAUUACAUUUUAUUUAUGAAUAAAGUUUAGUGUAUCGCAUAUAGGUAUGGGAUAUGUAGACUGGUAAACUAUUUCUAAAAUAUAAAUUUUAAUACUAUGAUCUGAUAAAGUCAAUGCAUUUUUUAUUAAAUAGAUCACGCACAGUCAUAGGUAAACAUAAAAUUACAAUAUUUGAUUUGUAUUUUAUGAAAAUUAAAACUUAAUCUUGAGUGAUGUCAUGUUUAAUGUUGUAGUGGUUGAAUCUAUGGCAGGUUUUUGUACUGAUUCAAUGAAACAGUAAAUCAAUACAUUACAAUUUACAUAUCUCUUUAACAGGACUGAUAAACUUGUUAUAUUCUUUUUACAAUGUGUUUAAUGUAUGGCCCCAAAAAUUAUAGCAUUUAUGAAGAAUGAAUUGUCACACAAUUUAGUAUUAAUACAUAAUGAAUUUGAAGUCCGAAGUAAGUUUCCAUUAACGAAAAAAAAAAAGAGUACGAGAAGAACAUUUUAUAACUAAUAACUAUAAUAAUGAAUUUAUUUAAAUGCUAGUAUUACAAAUGAACAAACUAUAUAUUUGAAAUUAAUACAUAAAUGUUGGUUUUGAUGUAAGGUUUUGAAUUAUUAUUAGGUAAAAAACAUACAAAAUGUAAACUGUGAUUGAUUACUUUGAUCGUGAUAUAUAUCCAUAUACCAGUCAUUUGAUUUAAUUAAUAUAAAAUAAUUUUA